UUCUAUUGAAAGCUUACGUAGUUUUACUAGACCUCUGAUGAUAGCUCACACUAGAAUACGCAAAACGGUAUAUUAGCGCAGUCAAUAGUCAGUUGAAUUGUUUUACAGAGUCAUCCACCGCGGUGAAACGCUACGGAAAAAUGAGGAAGAAACAGAAUGUAAAACAGAGGAAGGCAGAGGAGACUACAGUCGUCCAAGAGUUUGUGGUGGAGAAAAUCAUCCACAGGAGAGUCACUGAUGGAAAAGUGGAGUACUAUUUGAAGUGGAAAGGCUUCACAGAUGCUGAGAACACUUGGGAGCCUGAGGACAAUCUGGACUGUCCUGAGCUGAUUGAGGAGUUCCUGAAAAGCUUCACCCUUGAAGGGGAGAAUGAGGAAGACCUGUCACGUGCAGACACAUACGGGCACCAUGAAAAUCCUACUGAGAUCAGCACCGUACAUAUGACUUACACUGACCAUCCUGUUUCUGCUGUAUGUACUUCCAGUCAAAGAAGAUCCACGUUCAGUAGAAACAACAUUUGUGGUGUGACACAGAAUAAGGAGCUGUGUGGAAGUGAGCAGCAGGAGAACAAGGUGCCGGAUCCAGGCGAGCAAGAGGCAGGGAGCCCUGCUGGCCUUCUCAGCCAGCUGGAACCUGAACGCAUCAUUGGAUCCACAGACAGGAAGGGGGAGCUCAUGUUCCUGGUCAAGUGGAAAGGCACUGAGGAGGUGGCCUUGUUGUCAUCCCGGGAAGCCAGUGCCAGGUGGCCUCAGGUGGUCAUCACCUUCUAUGAAGAGAAGCUGACUUGGCACUGUGGAGAUGAAGAUCAGCAGUGAGGAGGACGCUCCGAGCAAGAGAAAGAGCACAGGUGCAGCGUACGGGGGGAGACGCCACGCUCCUGUCAAAGGCAGCUUUUAGGAUUUCCCUCUCAAUAUCCUCAUUUUCAAUAUCACUUUUGCUGUUUGUUGUUCUAGAUUCCAGAACCUUCCAUAACAGUGUGACUGAAAAGUAGUGUCAUAACAUUGUAGCUGUUUCUUUAUGUACAAUAGAGGGAUGGUUAAAAAGAAAGAAAAAGCUACCUGUCAUUCCUGGUGGUUCCAAGCAUAAAGGGAAAGCAUUCAACUUGUUUUUUAAUGAUACUGUUGUGUCUUGUGUUUCCUAACAGGAGAGACAUGACAUAAGUUUUACCUCAGUUUUCUCCUUAUAAAGGACUACUGAUGGAUUUGAACACUAGCUACAGCAUGUCCCUUAUAAUGUGUGACUGUGUAAGAGAUCAAACUGUACAAUAGUGUGGAUUAAAAGGUCAUGUUUUAUGAUGGGAAUGUGGUCUCUCAACAAGUGUACCACAUGUGAUCAUUGCUUUGUUUUAAUGUCUGAAACGGAUAUAACAUUUGCUUUGGUUGACAUGACCUGAGAUACAAUGUGGACUGCUUUAAAUAUUUAAAUGGUUAAACAUGCUGAUGUGCUUCAAUCCAAACCCAGUUUGUUGUUCUCAGUGUAACUAUGUUUAUGUUCAAGUGACCUCCUUUCAUAGGUACAGAUAAAAUACCAAAUAGACUGUGAUGUUAUGUUUAUCCAACAUCCAUUUAAGGAUCUCCUUUAGUGCUUUACUUAACUAGAGGUUCCAAUAAUUACUUUGGGAUGUUCAGGUGUGGAAUCAUAUCUGUAGCACAGCUCACAGAGCUAUGAAUAAAACAUUGACUUUCCUCACUGGUGGAUAGUCACCUAAAGGGGUGAUCUGGAUGGCACAUAGGAAAUUAUAAGGUUUUUCCUUAUCUGGGAAUAUGUCUGAAAAUAAACACUUCCUGAAAA